CGUGGAGAACAGGUUCCCAGGGAAGAUUGCGUAAGAUAUUUUUGAUAUUGUACGCCUUAUAUAAGCCCGGUUAUGGAGCAGUCAAGGACAGAGAAGACAUUGGAGUUGAACUUUCAAGAUGUUUAAGCAGUGUUAUCCUUUGGCCGCAGUGCUGCUGUGUUUUGUCUUCGCCACAGCGCAGGUUGCGCCAAAUGCAGAAAUCGGUCGGAUUACGAUCCAAGUGCCGUUGCUGUCCAAUGGGAAGCCCGUGAUCCUGACCAAUCAGGAUAAAGAGGAAAUCGCCACCGUGGAGGAGAUUAGGCCAGGAAAGGUUCAUGUUGUUCAGGAGGUAUUGGUGCCACCAACGGUAAAGGCGGAGAACAAGAUUAGGAUUGCAAGAUCAGUUUCGAAUUCGGGAGGGUACAAUCAUGACGUGACCAAUCCCGGAAUUCCGAACCAUGGAAUUCCCAAUCCUGGCAUUCCAAAUCAUGGAAUUCCCAAUCGCGGUAUCCCUACUGAUGGCAUACCCAAUCCUGGAAUUCCUAACCAUGGUAUUCCGAAUCCUGGCAUUCCAAAUCAUGGGAUUCCGAAUCGCGGUAUUCCUAAUGAUGGCAUACCCAAUCCCGGUAUUCCUAACCAUGGUAUUCCGAAUCCAGGCAUUCCCAAUCACGGGAUUCCGAAUCGCGGUAUCCCUAAUGAUGGCAUACCUAAUACUGGAAUUCCUAAUCAUGGAAUUCCCAAUCCUGGCAUUCCCAAUCACGGGAUUCCGAAUCGCGGUAUUCCUAAUGAUGGCAUACCCAAUCCUGGCAUUCCGAACCAUGGAAUUCCCAACCCUGGCGUUCCGAACCACGGAAUCCCCAAUCCUGGUAUUCCCAAUCCCGACGCAUCCGAACUUAUGCCGGUUGUUGUGAUGCCACCAAGUCGAACCACCACCUCACCCUUAUCCACAUCCAUGCCCAAACGAGUGCCAACCAGGAAUUGCUUCCACCUUCUGAUGGGAGGCACUACCACCAUGUCCCCAACGGAUAUGAUGACAAUGACACCGCCACCGAUGGAGAACUGCGAUCUCUUGUGCACCAAGGCCGAGUACUUGCCCAUUUGUGCCCACAAUGGAAUCUGCGUCCACGAGUUCCCCAAUCAAUGCGUGAUGGACACAUUCAACUGCAAGCAUCGGGACCUAGCCUUCCGUGCAGUGGACCAGGAUGUCUGCCGGCUUGGAGUUUGUAUGAGUAAAUGCAAGGAGGAGGAUCUGAAACUUUAAGAUAGCAAGCAUUAAGAGUAUUAAUCAUAUAAAUCAUAAUAAAAAAUUACAAUAUAUUUUAAAUGAAAAUUACUUUGUAUUAUUUUAUA